AUGGCGAUAAAGAAGUCAUCUCAAGCAGCAUCAAUCAAGAAAAUCUUAAAGAGAUGCUCGUCGAGCCUAGGGAAGAAUAAGAACGUCACCGAUUGCUACUAUAAACAAGAAGAUGGUCUUCCUCAAGACGUGCCGAAAGGUCAUUUUCCGGUUUACGUUGGACCAAACCGAAGUCGGUACAUCAUUCCCAUCUCGUGGCUCGAACACUCCGAGUUUCAAACGUUACUCCGACUAGCCGAGGAAGAGUAUGGUUUUGACCAUAAUAUGGGCGUAAUCAUACCCUGUGAUGAAGUGUUCUUCAGGUCUCUAAUCUCUAUGUUCAGAUAAAUUCAAUCGGGGACUCAAGAAUCAAAGAAGGAUGACUUAUAGUAGUUACAAGAUGAUUGAUUAUUUUUUGUGAUGGCUACAAGAGGAUAUCUCUAUGGCUCCGACUGGUGACAUGUAGUAUUAAAGCCGAAUUGCAGUAUGAUUUGUAAUUCGAUGUAACUUGCAGUAAAAAUUAUGUGGUAUAAACUGUAAGUUUAUGUGGUAA